AUGCUGCAACAUAAACCUCGGAAGGCGUGCGACUUUUGCUAUCGUCGGAGAAUCAAAUGCGACGGAAAAACACCUCAAUGCUCUAGUUGUGCAUUGCAUGGCUCAAUCUGCGUUUUCGAAGCCCCAAGUCGCAAGGCGCGGAGCAGGCGUCAGGACUCGAGCAAAGACUCUGAAGAACGCCUACGGUUGCAAGUAGAAAGCCUCCAAUCAAGUCUUGGCCAGGCGUUGAAAAGGGUCGACGAGCUUCAGAGCCUGGUACCGCCGGCAUUGAACAAGACUCCAAAUGUCCUAAAUGACAGUCUCCCUGGAGAAUAUCAUCAAGUUGAUUGGGUCCAAGAAGAGCCAAUUGGUAGUGAUGGACGCAUGCCACUACCGCCGCUUCAGGAAGUACUAUCUGCCGCGGAAGUUUACCUGACCACACUGAAUGCGAUCCUCCCCUUGUUCCACCCUGGUCGAUUACUGCAAAUGAUCAACAACUGGUAUGCGCAACCCGGUCGACAAGAGCGUAAAACGUGGGCAGCAAUCAACGUGGUUCUCGCUCUAGCGCACGGUCGUAUACCUCCCGAGGAAGCGAUCUUGAGGAGUGAGAAUGCGGCAUACUACCUGCACAAUGCUCAGACGGUACUUUCCGAGGUCAUUAUGGGUGACUCUGAUCUUGUCAACGUACAGAUCGUGCUCGGAAUGGUGUUGCUCUUUCAAGGCACCCGAGACCUCAAACCUGCGACGAUGUUAAUCGCCGUCGCUUUACGUCUUGCGCACGAGUUGGAUCUACAAACGCGAAGAUCCGAGUGUAUCGAACCUUCCCAGACAUUGGAACGGGCCCGAGUCCUUUGGAUAGCAUACAUACUUGAUAGGGACAUUAGCAUGCGCACCGGUCGGCCGCCCAUACAACGCGAGCGCGACAUUACCCUUGAGUGGCCGUCGGUCGAGCCCGAUGAUGGGGCUGGCAUGAUGCGCAACACCGACGGUACUAUCGCAUUCAACUUUUUUCGAUACCGAGUACAGCUUGCUCGAAUCCAAGGUGAAGUUUACGACUUUGUAGCGGCAACUCCUGCCGCGGGGACGAUGAACGACUACCAACGCAGCGAGGACAUAGUCCGUCUGAACUGUAUGUUGGACGAUUGGAUCUCUAGUAUACCGCCACCAUUCAAACCGAACUCAGUACUACACACCGAGCAACCAAACUUGUGCAGAAGCUUUGCAGUUCUCUACGCCACCCAUCUUGCCUGUCGGACCCAGGUUUACCGAGCCCACGCCAUGGACUCAGGUUGGAUGCAGACCCUGCGGAAUUUUGGCAAAACAGCUUCACAACAAGGACGUUUCAUUCCGGCACCCCUACCAACACCAUCAUUGCAAGAGUGGGAUAAACUGGUCGACGAGACCCGCGAGUUCAUGCGGCUGUUUUGGGAUGUGGAAAGAAGAGAUCAAGCCUUUAUCUGGAUGACCGCGUGCAACUAUGUCUCUGGAUCAGUCUGCUUGACGGCCAAUAUCAUGUUCAAGCCAUACCACGCCGCUGUGGAGUACGACAAGUCGUUGGUGAAUCUGUCCAUUUCCCUGUUGGACGACUUGAUACAUCAAACAGGGCACAAACCUCUGAAAGAUCUACAAGGUGCAUGUGAAGAACUCCUAUCUUAUGCUCGUGAAUUAUCGCCCGUGGGUUGACGUCUAAGAUACCCCUUUUUGGUUGUACUCGGCUCUGAUACAUAUCCACUACAUGUCGACGCCGUUCAGAGAUACCCUAAGCUGGAAUGAUGCUUGGAUCUCUUUCGCCCGAGCCUUGAGCUCGUCAACGUCCCAAUUCGCCCAAACGAACUUGUUCCUCAAAAAGGCAGCUUCGUCGGACGCGAUCCACACGAGAAAUUGAGCUGGUAAUUCGACUGUCAGGAAGAAGGGAAUGCGUCAGUACUACCUACGAAAGAAAGAAUUGUGCGGAGUAUGGGAGUACAAUAUACCUGUGUCGAAUCCCACCGGAAUAUUUGGAUUGAUCUCCGUGCCAACAAUGCCCGGGUGCAUGCUGACGACGUGGAUGUGCGUGUGCUCGGCCGCAUAAUAGUCGACCAUUUUUAGGGCGGCCGCUUUGGCGGCCGCGUAGGCCCAGACCCCCGGCACUUCCGGGAGAGGAGCCCAGUGACUGAUGGAACUUCCUAUGUUGAGGAGUUUUGCUCCCGGGGCGGCCAACGGCGUAAAGGCCUGCAAGGCGUUGAAAGAGCCCACGAGGUUGGUUUCGAAACACCUCCGAAUUUCAGAUUCCGGGUAGUCGAUCACGGAAGCCUCUUUUGGAAGGAUGCCGGCAUUGUUGACAAAGAUGUCGAUCUUGCUGUCGUCAGUCUCGGCGACAAUGGCACGCAGAGCACCUUCGAUGGAUGCACGAUCGGUGACGUCUCCCGUCUUCCAAACCACCCGAGUCGAAGGGCUGGCGGCAGUGAUUUCUGCCCUGGCGGUCUCUAGGCGAUCGAUUCUACGUCCUAUGAUGCCGACAGAUUUGGCUCCCGCUUGGGCAAAGGCGAUGGCCGCGGCUUUUCCGAUCCCCGUUCCUCCUCCCGUGAUGACGACGUUCUUGCCGGCUGCCGAGAGUUCGGGUCUCGUGGGAGAGAUGCCCGGGUAUGGACUGUUGUGCCAGGUCUUGGUGAAGGAGACGAAACUUUUCAAAGGAGGAGACGCCGCGUGAGAAGUCAUGGUGGUCGCGGCGGUGUUGAGUUGUAUUUUACUGUACAAGGUGGUAUGGCGGUUACAGGAGCAGAGGGAGUGUGUAUAUGUUUAGGGUCUUUAUAUAGCUCUUGCGAAUCCAUAAUGAUUGAUAAA